AUGUCUGGCCAAGGCGUUGCUUUGGCACUUGGUUGCAAAUUGCGAUCUGGUUUGUUUGACCAAGAAGCAGAGGUGCUGUACCGAUUUGACAGCUGUAUCUUCUUUGCUGCUAGUGCUGUUAGCAUGGAGCAUAUCACAACUUGCUAUGUUGAUUACUAG